UUUAUAAAUGAAAUUAUAAAUUGUGUAGAAAACAAGAGAAACGACUCCCUUGUAAUCUUCAAAAACUGCCAUCCAUUCACCAGAAAGAGGCUUCCAAUCAAAAGAACACAGCUUUUUCUGGUCUUUUUUUAUUUCUGUCCGUCUGUCAGUCUGUUGCAUUACAUUAUAUUAAUUCUUUUCAAUAUUCCUUUCAAAUUUAAUCUAUUUUAACUUCUUUUGCCAAUUUUAAGAGGAUUGUCAUAAAUACUUGAAGUUGGAGAUCUCGGCACUUGGGGUUUUGUUGGAAUCUUUUUGAGUAGCAUUUUUGUGGGAUUUUGAAAUCAAGGGGUGGGGUGUUGAGGAAGAUAUGUCGAGUGUUUCAAGAAUAUGGGAGAAAGUGUGUGUGAUGGCAGAAGGGGGAUCUCAUUAUUGUUCCAAGAAGACCGAUGAUAAUUGUGAUGAGGAUUCAGCUCGAACAUUGAGCAUGGCGAGAUUGAAGUGUAUUCUUAGGGGGCUGGAUAUAAAGGCCUAUAUAUUUCUUUUCGUCUUGGUACCAACAUGCGUUUGUGUUAUAUAUUUGCAUGGACAAAAGAUCACAUACUUUUUGCGGCCUUUAUGGGAGUCACCUCCUAAGCCCUUCCAUGAAAUUCCUCACUAUUAUCAUGAGAAUGUUCCGAUGGAGAACCUUUGUAAACUUCAUGGUUGGGGAACACGUGAGUUUCCAAGGCGUGUUUUUGAUGCAGUGUUGUUUAGCAAUGAGCUGGACAUGCUCAAGCUAAGAUGGAAGGAAUUAUACCCUUAUGUGACGGAGUUUGUUCUACUUGAGUCAAAUUCAACAUUCACUGGACUCCCAAAGCCUUUCGUCUUUGCUGCUAAUCGAGAUCGAUUUAAGUUUGUCAACUCAAGAUUGACUUAUGGGCAAAUUCCUGGGAGAUUUCGGAAAGGUGAAAACCCAUUUAUCGAGGAAGCUUAUCAGAGACUUGUAUUGGACUAUCUUCUCAAACAAGCUGGUAUUCAGGAUGAUGACUUACUAAUAAUGUCAGAUGUUGACGAGAUACCAAGUAGACAUACUAUUAAUCUCUUGAGGUGGUGCGAUGACAUACCUUCGAUCCUCCAUCUUCGGUUGAAGAACUAUUUGUAUUCAUUCGAGUUUCUUCUUGACAAUAAUAGCUGGAGAGCUUCAGUUCACAGAUAUCAAUCUGGGAAGACGAAGUAUGCACAUUAUCGGCAAUCAGACGACAUUUUGGCAGAUGCAGGGUGGCAUUGUAGCUUUUGCUUCCGACACAUUAAGGAGUUCAUAUUCAAGAUGAAAGCUUACAGUCAUGUGGAUCGUGUCAGAUUUUCUCAUUAUUUGAAUCCUAGAAGAAUCCAGAGAGUAAUCUGCCGAGGGGCUGAUUUAUUUGAUAUGCUACCAGAAGAGUAUACCUUUAGAGAAAUAAUUGGGAAAAUGGGGCCAAUUCCCCAUUCAUACUCAGCCGUGCAUCUCCCCGCAUAUCUUUUACAAAGUCCCGAGGAAUAUAAAUUUCUCUUGCCCGGAAAUUGCAUACGAGAAAGUGGCUGAAUUUAUGGAUCCCAUAUGUGUACUUUUCAUGAAGGUUGAGUCCAGCUUUGGCUCCUGGCUAAGGAGGAUUUUCAUUGAUUAACCGUUGACUGGGGUGUGUUGCUUUUAUAAUCAUGCUACAUGUCAGGUCAUAUUUAUAUCAUUCUUUUCAAAUGUUUCGGGAAAAAAUGGGCACAUUCUUGGAUUUCUAGAGUGUGUUCUUGUAUAUAACUUGAUUUUGAGCUGGUUUUCACGCAUAAUGGAGAGUAUCUAUGUUACUAAUAUUCCAGUUUUCUUUAACAGAAUUGCGGGAUUCUGUACUAAUUUAUCCUCAAUGUAUUAUCUGCGAAUAUCGCCCCCCAGAAGACUCAUUGUGGUUUCUUGAUUACCUUUGGGACAUAUUCUAUUUACGAAUUGUGUUGCUCACUUUCUGAUCUGUGCUGAGUUUCUUAUAGAUAUGAAGUUUCUAUUUUGUC